AUGAUCCAGACGUAUCAGCCUCCGCUCAUGGAGGUUGCCCAGGACACACUUCCGGAACUGCAGCCAAUCUUCACAUACCUCAACAGUCACUCCAACAAGCUGUAUCAAGAGGGCUACUUCCUCAAAUUGCAUGAUCUUGACUCCCGAGGCAGGCCCAGUGUCGAGAGGACAUGGCUCGAGUGCUUUGCGCAGCUCGUAGGCACGGUCCUUUCUCUGUGGGAUGCCACUUUAUUGGACCAAGCUGGAGAGGAUGGCGAAGUCGUACCGACUUUCAUAAACUUGGCAGAUGCUUCCAUCAAGAUGGCAUGGAUCGAAUCCCUACCAAUGAACGGACAACAGGGCCAGUCACUCCAGAAUAUACUUAGCAUAUCUACUGCUGCCAAUAAUCGCUACCUCCUCCAUUUCAACUCCUUCAACUCGCUCACACAAUGGACGGCCGGCAUCCGGCUUGCCAUCUUUGAGCACGCAACCCUUCAAGAAGCCUACACAGGCUCCUUGAUAGCAGGAAAAGGCAGGUCGCUGAACAAUAUCCGACAGAUUAUGGAGAGGUCCAAGUUCAAGUACGAAGACUGGGCGCGUGUGCGCUUUGGAGCAGGCACUCCUUGGAGGCGCUGCUGGUGCGUAGUGACCCCGCCUGACGAGAAGGAGUUCGUAAAGGCCCAGAAGGUUGUGAAAAAACAGAACAUCUACGAUCGAUCUGCGCCAGUUCCGAGAGGAGAUGUAAAAUUCUAUGAGACAAGGAAGAUUACGAAGAAGACAAGGCCGAUUGCUACCAUCACCGAAGCAUACUCCGCUUACGCCAUCUACCCACAGUCGAAGCCGCUCAUCGAUUCUUCUACGCUCGUGAAGUUGGAAGGCCUGAUCACCAUUCACUCGAAGCCCGAGUCAACGACCGAAGGUUUCGUGUUUAUCAUGCCCGAGGUCCAUCCCGCCGUGUCAGGUUUCGAGAUCAUGCUACGCUUCCUCUUCCCUGUCUUUGACACAUUUGCCCUGUACGGCCGUCCCAGCCGGUUGAUUGCGGAUGUACUUGACACAAGGGGGCUCAUGUUUGCCAUGCCCAAAGACAGGCGUUACGGCUAUCUGGACAUCCUCGAUGUGGCUACGCUCAUCCACGCAGAAGGAAGCCAAGGUUGGAAUGAGCGGCAGUGGAGAAAGCAGAUGAAGGAGCUUACCGCCAAGCGUAUGACUACAAUCAGCGACAGCCCGACUAAUGCUACCCGCCGCAACACUGUGAGCAGAACCAGCCUUCCUCAGUCCAGAAACAGCGUCCUACGGUUCGACGAAAGCAAUUCAAUCAGGUCUACACCUGGCUCGCGCAGAUCGUCGCCUCCACCGAUGGACCUCGGCACGCCUCGCCGGACGGAGACCGCACCUCCGGACGCCCCAAUGCCAACUCCAAGACAUCAAAGGUCGGCCUCCGAUGCCAACGGUUACAAGCAGUACCGGUCAGAAACUCCAUCACGCCUGUCUUUCCAGAACAACGCGUACGACAACUACGACUCGCCGCCACCACCGCCUGCUCAUCGCACUCUCAACGGCGAAGGGCAAGAUUAUGCAGGCUACAAAGAUGACUAUGACACAGCCGACGAAGGAAGUGACCGUCCAACUCCUGAGGCAGCCAAUCUACCCGAGGUCGGAGCGGUUGUUACCACUGCUCCGCCGCCUGCUCCUGUCGCUGCACCUCCAGCUUUCCAACAUGGUCCGCGGCAAAAGCCUCCUGUUCAGCCAUAUCAUCCGCCGGAGCUUCGACAAGCCAACUCUCAGAUGGACGUAGCGACGCUUCGUCAGUUGGCGGAUGCAAGCAAUGUGCCACUACCGGUCAACGUUGCUGUUCCGGGAGCAGGCGCGGCGUGGAGGUAUGAUGCUAGUCGAGGCAAUGGUAGGCAGUCAGAGGAGUACGAAAGGCGAUGGGGUGAGAGCGAGCAACAAGGAGCAUAUUUACAGAUGAACAACCGCGGCAGGCCCGCUGACAACUAUUUUGAUCAAGGGAGGGGCAGUUCUAGAACCGGCCAUGCGGGCAAUCGCCUACCGACGAUCCCGGCGUCACCGUACAUUGAUCAGUCCGAACCGACUCCUACGACCGCCACCUUCCAGCCAGCCGGUCCCUCACUGCCAGAAUAUGGGGAGCCUCUUGCGCAAAACUUCCUACAGCAAUCACCGCUAGGCGUCUCUGCCGGCGCAGAGAGACACGCCGAUCCACCUGAACGGCCUGGUUUGCCAGAGCGUUUGUCUAGUGGGCUAAGCGUACAGCGUAAACCCGUACCAGGUCGGUCAUCUAUCUUCUCCGCAGAGGACCCCUAUAUUUUAUCGUCGCCAUCCAGCUCAAGUCUUGACAGUUUACGAGACAAUGUAGUCGAUCUUGACACGCUGGACACUCUCGCUUCUCCGAAGUCUCCAGAACCCUCCCGCACCCGCGCAGAAAGCAUGGCCAGCAGUACCCAUGACAACGACUCGGUCGCAUCCCCCGAUUACGCUAGCACGAAGAGUUCCAACACCACGCAUUCCGUUGAGAGACCGCGCUAUGGCGUCCUCAAGACAGUAGGCAGAGUUGAGCCCACAGCACAGCCGGAUGUGAAAGCAGGCGACGCUCAAUAUGAAGGCGAGUUUCCACAACGAUCUGAGAGUCCGGACACCCCCACAGUUGACUUCGGACCCACUCUCGACGUCGCACGAUCCCGCCCUGGAACAAGCGGUACGAUCACCCAGAUGAACCACAGUGCCUCAAGCUCGAAUGAGCAGUUGCGCACUUCUGGUAGGAACACUCCCGACCCACUCGGCUCUCGAAGCAGCGAGGCGAGGCCGGACUCUUACAUCGGCGGACAAACUGCUUCUGGAUAUCAAGGUCACCAACGCACCCACUCUCGCUCUCCUGCAGGCGAACCCAAAGCUCCUGGCAAUGGCUCACCGGGCCGUGACAACAUGGGAAGGAUGGCCUGGCAACCAGGAAUGACGGCGGUACCGGGUACUUCAGGUCGACCUGUCUUAACUCCAGAAGAGUUUGUCCAGCAACGAGCAGCCUCCGCCUCGCGACCCUCCCCAACUUAUUCGUCAUCCCACAACCGAUCCUCCAGCAACACGCCACCUAUCAGCCGCAGCUCCUCCGGCGACUGGUCUCACUUGGCUGGUGCCCCGCAACCACGCACACCUACUCGCGAGUCCGGCCCCCCAAGCCGCCCACAGUCGCGUGGCGCCUCCGCAACGCUGAACCGGCUUGCACCAAUGCACACCCAGCACAUGAUGACAACAGACUCUGGGAAUCUCUCAGCCCGCGAGCAAGAGUACAUCGCCCGUGCGACCGGCAAGCCUCUCAUCUCAAUGGCCCGCACCAACAAAGAGCCGCAGCGCCCGCAGUCCACGGGCCUCGUCGGCGCCAUCGCGGCCCGUGAAAAGGAGAAGCAGGACAUGCGCAGCGGCGCCCGCGGCGGCGCGCUCGUGCAGCAGGCCAUCCAGGCGAACAUGCAGAGGCAGCAGCAGGUACAAAUGCAAGCGCAGCUGCAGCGCCAGCAACAGCAGGUCCAGAUCCAGCAGCAAAUGCAGAUGCAGCAGAUGCAGUCCGCGUAUAAGUAUCCGAUCCAGCCGAUGGGCGUGCCGCUUAACUUCGGCGGAGGCAGUCCGGGGAUCGUGCCGCAGGGCUUUGGACAGCCGUCGCCGCUGCCGUAUGGGUUCCCGCAGCAGCAACAGGCCUACUUUCCACAAGCGGGGCAGCCACAGGGUUUUGUGCCGCAGUCGGGCUUCACGCCGCAGCAGGGAUUUGCGCCACAGCAGCCGGGAGGUGUUUGGCAGGGCCAGGGGCAGCCACAACAGCAGGCGCAGCCGCAACAAAUGCAACCGCAACAGUCGAUGCCGGCGCAGCCACAGCCGUACGGCGCGUCGUGGGAUCGGGCCAACCCGCAGGGGCAGGGUGGGCAGAGGCGGUAA